AAGCCGAGAAGCACUUCAGUCUUCUUCACACAGAACAUCUGAACCACUGAAUCUGUCACCAUGAGGACCCUGGCUGCUCUUCUGGCUCUGGUGCUGGUCAUCUCAGUUAGUGCUCAGUAUGGCGUUACUACAGACAGCUGCUGUGCAAAAUAUGUCACUGUGGUGAUACCAGCAGGCAAAGUGGUGUCUUACUUCACAACCAGCACAAGAUGUGCCCUGCAUUCACAUGUGUUUGAAACAGUAAAAGGCAAAUCGCUCUGCGUGAACCCUGCCCUUCCCUGGGUAAAGAACAUUGUCACCAAGUUGGACAAGAAGAAAAUGCCUUCUACAGCCUCCCAUAUGUGAAUGAAUCCUCACCGGCAAUGGUUGUCUUCGGAGAAGUCCCACCAGUCUGAUGACAGUGAAUUGUUAUCCAGCUGUCUAAGCUACUUCGAUUUUUGGCCAUACUCUCUAACAGAACAGAUACAUCUCAAUGGGACCUUCCUGGCUAAAAAGAAAUACGGUUAAAUAAAUGCUGCUGUUCCCAUCACAUCAAUGUUGUGUAGUUUGAAAAUGAGCAGUAAAUGGCCCAUU